UGGUUGGUUUUGGGAAUGGGGCGUGGCUUUGGGCUCGUCUGUAAUUCCCGCCUUCCAGGAGAGCACGUUGAUUGGGUGAUCACGCAAAAGGGGCGUGGUGACCGCUUUUCUUUAUUGUUAUUCCAGAGCGCCCCGGGAUUGGCCGCUCCGCCCGGCGCCUCUCGUCUGCCCCGGGUCCUCCCCCCCCCGCCGAAUUUGCGACUACACAGCGGGGCGAGCGGGUACCUGAACCGGCUGCGGGUUCACAACGCCGAGGUGCUGCACGAGCUGGUGGAGAGGAGGGGGCCCGGGACCCCCCUGCUGACCUUGUCCAACCACGCCUCCUGCAUGGACGACCCCCACCUCUGGGGGUCUCUGAAGCUGCGACAUGUCUGGAACCUGCCCAGGAUGCGCUGGACCCCCACGGCCGCUGACAUUUGCUUCACACGGGAGCUGCACGCGCUCUUCUUCAGCCUGGGGCGCUGCGUGCCCGUGUGCCGCGGAGACGGCGUCUACCAGCGGGGAAUGGAUUUUAUACUGGAGAAGCUCAACCAGGGAGACUGGGUGCACGUGUUCCCCGAGGGUAAGGUGAACCUGGGCCAGGAAGUCGCUCGCUUCAAGUGGGGCAUCGGGCGGCUCCUGGCCGAGUGUCGCCGGGACCCCGUGAUCCUCCCGCUGUGGCACGGGGGGAUGAGCGAUGUCCUCCCCAACCAGCGACCCUACGUGCCCCGGGUGGGGCAGCACAUCACGGUGGUCGUGGGGCGCCCCUUCAGUGCCCGGCCCCUCCUGGAGCGGCUGCGCAGCGAGGGGACCCCCACGGUGGAGCUCCGCAAGGCUCUGACCGAUUUUGUCCAGCGGGAAUUCGAGGCUCUGCGGGGCCACGCCCGGACCCUGCACCCCACCCCAUAACUGGGGGUCUCCUCACCCCAUAACUGAGGGUUCUGCCCCAUAACUGGGGGGUUCUACCCCAUAACUUGGGGUUGUGCCCCAUAGCAAGGCCCUCCUGCCUCAUAAAAGGGGAUUUUACCCCAUAAUUGGGGGGUCCUGCCCCAUAGCAGGGGGUCCCUGGUGGAGACCCUGCCCCAUAGAGGGGGUUCUGCCCCCCCUCAAGCCCCCCAACUGUGCACGGUGCCAAUAAAAGAAGGUGGAACCUCAA